AUGAGUGGCGAAAACUAUCGUAGCCCUACAAAAUCACACGAGCCAGGUUGGAAUGAUCCACCUCCAAAGCUGGCCAGCAAACGACCGGUCACUACAUCCGAUGGCAGUGAUAACACACCAAGCCGGGAAGGAAUGUUCGACCAAAUACAGACCGUUUUUAAUGAAUAUGUCCAGCGUGUGGACGACACACGACGGGCGACCGUGCAAAAGCGUUUCAAUCUCAUGUAUCAACAGUGGACGGACAAAAAGCUGCCGGAAGUAUUAGAAAAGCUGAUCUACAUGUUAGCUACCGCCCUGCUGGAUCAGGAUGUGAAUCGUGCUAAUGCGGUCCAUCGUACCAUUGUCUGUGAUCAUGGAAGUGUAUGCACUAUGUGGGCUCCGGUAUUGCGACACCCGAUCAUGGAGUUGCAACAACGCAGUGAUCAGACUGGACACGAUGAGAACUCUAUCGUGCAACCAAUACAGUCGAACGAAGACUGA